AUGGCAGGCCAGGCCACGCCACGCUGCUGGAUUUCGGAUCCGGACGCGGAUCGAGUUGGAUGGAGGGGGAAAACGGCGGGCGAGCCACAGCGGCAGGUCAACAGAGACUCUGGCACCACCAUCUCGUCUCACCUCGAACCACCCUCACCAACGCCUGCCAUCGCCUUCAUUCAUCCCCGACUCGCGCUGCGCCGACCUUUGUGCGCCGCGCCCUUCGAACGUCCACAGCGCACCGGCUGCCAGGCGCACACGCAUCGACCGCGGCUGGGAGCUCACUUUGUCGACCCGCGUUUCCAUCCAGAGCCGCCCGCCCUGGCUCACCCGCGGCGCGCCAUGGCUCCUGCCGCCGACCCGGGCUCUUCGCAGCCCGCGGCAUCGCGGCCUACCCAACCUCCUCCCGCUUCGGCCGUUUCCCUUCACGGCAUGCCGUCAGGAGCGGCGCCGAUAGCUUCCAGCGCUCAGAACCAGCGGCCGCCAGCGGCUCCACAGUCUCAGUCUCAGCCACCACCGCAGGCGCAGUCGCAGUCGCAGCCGCAGCAGCCGCCCCAAAUACAGGCCCAGGCCCAGGCACCAACACCAACGCCAACACCAACACCAACAGCGGCUCCGAUACCGACACCGACACCAGCACCAGCAUCAGCACCAGCACUGACACCGACAUCGACAUCGACACCGACACCGACACAGCCGCGGCCCCUGCCCCAGUCCCAGCCCCAGUCGCGAUCGCAUUCGCUGGCCCAGUCGCAGCCGCUGUCGCGAUCCCUGUCGCUUUCGCAGCCGCAGCCUUCCAUCCACCUACAUCCGCCAUCGCAGCCACCAUCCCAGCCGCAGCCGCAGCAGCAGCUAUUGUCCCUGUCGCUCCAACCCACAUCGGCACCAACACCCACCAACAGCGCUUCCACGCCUCAUCCACAGCCCUUCACGCCGACCCAGCAGCAGCAGCAGCAGCAGCCGCAGCAGCAGCAUGCCGCGGUGACCCAUCCCGCCUCGGUGGCCGCCGCCGCCGCGCUUGCACUCUCCGCCAUCUCGCUCGAUCCAAACGACUGGAAUGCGCUUGCAUCUACCAGCAUGGUCACGCUCGAGGACCUACGCGAUGCCUUCGCCGACUACAAGCAGAAGCAGCUGCGUGAGCUCCAAGAAGCCCACAACGAGGAGCUUCGCGAGCUCCUCUUCAUGACCGAGGCGUACGACAGGGACGAUGUCCCAGGCUGCCCCGCCAAGCUGCCCAAGAGCUCCCUCGCGCUGCCCGCCGACGACGCCAGAGAGCACGUCGUCGCCUUCCUGCACACCUACCGACUAUCGCAGGAUGACGAGGGCAAGUCGAUCCGCGAGCAUGACCUGCCACAGCCCAAGCUGCUCCGCGACCGACUCGUCGAGGAGCUCGGAACGGGUCCCGUUGAGCUUGCGCCUCCCCCGACACCAUCGACGUCGGCGUCUAUGGCGUCCGCCCUCGAAGCCCACCGCGAGCGUGAACGGCAAAAGGAGCAGGAGCUGUUGACCAAGGCAGCGGUGCUUCGCAGCGCAGCGAUUGCCAAGGCAGCCUCGGCCGUCCAGGCAAGAGCCCGCAUCUCGGGAGCGACCAGCAUCCAGCCUCUAACAGUGACGACAGCUGCCUCUUUGCAGUCGCAACCGCUGCCAGCUAUGCCGGCCGCUGCCGUCACGACGCCCACCACGCCCCUUGCGGCCCCUCUCUCCGCUUCCUCGUCAUCGUUGGUCGAAGCUGCCACAAAGGCUGCAGUCUCAUCCGGCAGCGGCCUCACGCUGCAAGAUCCGGCAGGGGCUGCGAUGCAGACGCCAUCGGCACCAGUCCCGCCUCACGCUGCCAUGGGCGCUCAGACGGCAGCGACAGCGGCGGCAGCGGCAACAUUGAGCCCGACAAAGUCAAGCUCAAAGGUCGAGGUUCCGUCACCCGACAAGAGCACAGCCCUCCCCGGCUCGAUCCAGAAGGCCGUAUCGCCGGCUCCGGGUCUGCUCCCGCCGGCCGCCAGCGAUGGCCCCGGGCUCCGACUGCCACCAUCGCCGACCUCGGUCCCCAUCCUUCCCGACCUAGCUGAGGCCCCGCCUCUCCACCCAACUCUGCAGGCCCUUGCUCCCAAUCCGCUCUCGGUUACAUAUGCCGCCUCGCUUCGACCGCUGCCCCCGGAUCCGAACCGCAGGAUCACCGGCGGCGGCGUGGGCGGAGGCGCCAUUCAUCACCGCAGCGGCCGCAAGGUCCCGCCCCCUGGCGCCUCGAACGGCAUUGCAUCUCUCGGCCCUGGCGCUGCCGCCGCCUUCCGGUCGGCCAUGAACAUCGGCCCUGCGGGAUCGGGCCAGGCGGAUCUUUGGCGUUGGUACGUAAGGGCGCGGGCGAGCCCGGGUGCCGGCAUGGUCGGCAAAGCCGACAAGUGCCUCAUGACGAGCGACUGGAAGGUGGCCUUUACGGAGCAGAGGUUUGUCCGGGCCAUGGCGCGGAUCGAGAAGCUCAAGGCGCAGGGGGAGUGGAGCUUUCGCCAGCCUAAGAAGCAGAAGGGUCCCGUGGUCCACAAGUCGCACUGGGAUCAUCUGCUGGAGGAGAUGAAGUGGCUCCAGACCGACUACAAGGAGGAGAGGCGGUGGAAGCUUGCGGUCGCGUUCCAGCUCGCCCACGAGAUCGCGGCCUGGCACCGGGCCAGGACGCCGGCAGAGCGCGCCGCCUUCUGCAUCUCGGCAAGAGGGCCUCGCAGGCAUGCUACCUCGCCGGCAGCCCCCAAGAGCUCCCAGGACGACGUCCGCCAGGCUGCAGCUCGUGCGCCAGACUCGGACGACGUCGAGAUGACGCCAGCGGAGCCGUCGACAGACGCCGGGUCAUCCGCUCCUGCUGCUGCCCCCGCGAAAUCGGCAGCGGCUCACGUCUCUUUCCAGGAUCCACCCGCGGAUGAGAGCGCUGCCGCCGGCGACCCGGCAAUUGCAGCUGCUGUCGACGAAGCGGUCCAGGACACCGACGCAACGAUGGCCGACGUCGAUGCCGACGGGGAGGACGACAUGGAUGCCGAGGGCGAGGACGAUGAUGGCGACGGCGAUGCUGUGUCCAGAGAUGUCACGGGCGCGGACGAGGUCACUGGAGAGCCCUCGAAGCCACCGCCCGUCGAAGUCGUCCACGAGCGGAGGGCCACCCCAACGCCGAUGCCGGCGCUGGCGGACCAGGGUCCUGCCACCGCCGAUGCAAAGGUCAACGUCCCCCUCGGCGGCGAAAGCGGCGCUGGCAAGUCGUCGGAUGCGCAGCAGGCUGCCAGUUCCGGCAUCCGGAGCGAGGCGCAGAGCAAGGACGUCACCCUCGCCACCGAGCUCCCGCCUCAUCUCGUCACCACCCUGCGCGCGCCGAUCUUCUCGAUGGAUGUCGGGGCGACGAUCGUCUCGCCCGCCGCACUGCUCGAGUCUCUCGACCCCGAGGCCGCGGCCGCCAUGCUCGGGAUCGAGGUGACUGACCUGCCCUCUGCUGUCGGUUCCUUGCAGCCUGACGAGCUCAGCUUCAGCAAGAUGUUUCCGGAGCUGCCCAUGUAUGGCGGUCCGCCUGCUCCCGAUGCGUCGACCAAGAGCGACCGACGCUGGGACGAAGGUAGUCUCAACCAGCCCCCGAGGUUGACGCACGUCACCAAGCUGCUCGACUCCAAGCCGCUGCUGGUCAGCACGCUCGAGCCCUCCAAGAAUCGGGCGCAGGGGAGGUGGAUCGACGACUGCGACUGGAUCAUCGCCGCGGAGCAGUCGGAUCCGCUGCGCGGCAUGCCCGACGGGAUGGAUCAGAUGCCUGGAGCGCCUCAGCUGCCCGGGUCCCUCCUCUUCGCGUCGCGCCGGACAAGCAAGGCGCUGCGUGACCCUGUCCCCUCCUCGACGGGCAUUCCUGCCUCGCCCGCCUCGCCCGACGCCCGAGCGGCCAUGUUCAUGUGGACGCCGGAGGAGGAUGGCUACCUGCUGGCGCUGGCAAAGCAGUACAACAACAACUGGUCGCUCGUCUCGGACCUCUUCAACUCGACCCGGCUCACGGUGGCCACCGAUCGACGCGAGCCGUGGGACUGCUACGAUCGGUGCAAGCGGAUCCAGCAAGCCGCGGACGAGGGCAAGCCGCCACCGGGACCUCCGCAGCUGGCCCCACCGCCGCAGUCCUCGUCUUCUGCCUCGGCGGCCUCGGACAAGAAGGGAGGCGCUGUUGCCGGCGCAGCGUCGUCAGACGACAAGGGCGCGGCCAAGGACAGCAGCUCCCCGGGCAUCGGCGGUGCCGCCAACGCUCUGACGGCCAAACGCGACAAGAUCAACAAGAAGCUCGGCACGCGGUACGACGGCUCCAAGAAGAAGCUGCGCAGGGUCAACCUGCUCGAGAUGAUGCGCCGGUCGGCCAAGAAGCGCGAGGCGGGCAAGCAGUCGCAGCAGUCUUCGCAGGCCAAGAAGGUCAACCUCAACUCGCACGAGACCCACGCCCAGAUCAAGGCGGGUCCGGCGGCGACGCCCCAGGCGCUUAGCGCCCUCAAAGCCGAGCGGGAUCAGGCGGCGCUGCGGCAGUACUACGAGCAGCAACGCGCGCACCUGGCGUACCAGCAGCAACAGCAACAGCAGCAGAGGCUCUUGGCACAGCAACAGGCCCAGGCACAGGCACAAGCCCAGGCGCAAGCUCAAGCUCAGGCGCAGGCGCAGGCGCAAGCUCAGGCUCAGGCUCAAGCUCAGAACCAGAGGAACGCGCCGCAGCAAGCGACAUCCAUGCCGCAGCAGCAAGGCCAGAUGCAGGGCCAGCCGCAGAUGCCGCAACACCCACAGCAACAUCAGCAGAUGCCUCAGGCGCAAGGGCAGAAACAGAACGUGCCGCAGCAGCAGCAGUCCACCGGGCCCGUUCCGCAGUCGCAGCCAACAUCGAAUCCGGUGCAACAGGCCCACGCCAAUCAGCAGAUGCAGAACCUGUACGCCCAGAUCCAGCAGCAGCAGCAGCAACAACAGCAACAGCAGCAACAGCAGCAGCAGCAGCAGGUUCGUCCGCCGCCGAUGAUCAACAACCUCCAGCCGCCGCGACCGCCGCAGCUCAAUGCGCAACAGAUGCAGCAGCUCACGCCUCAGCAGCAGCAGCAGUACCAGGCGCAGCUGGCCGCUGCCGCCGCCGCACAACAGCAACAGCAGCAGCUGCGGAACCAGCAACAGCAGCAGCAGGCCAAGGCGAUGCAGUUCUCGGUCUCGCAGGCCCAGGCGGCGUUUUCGACGAUGGCGGCCAACCAGGCCAGCCAACUGGCUGCCCAGCGCCCGAUGGCGGUGCCGACGCCCAUGCCUCAGCAGCAACAGCAGCAACAGCAGCAGCAGCAGGCCCAGGUUCAGGCCCAGAUGCAACAGCGGCAACAGCAGCAGCCGCAGCAGCAGGUCCGCCCGAUGCAGCAGCAACAGCAGCAGCAGUCCGGCGCUGCGCCGCCGCCGCCGCAGCAGCAGCAGCAGCAGGCGCCACCGCAGGGGCAGCCUCAACAGCAGCAGUACGGCGGCGUGCGGCCGCUGGGUGGUACGCCGAGGCCGCAGCCAGCCAACGUCCAACAGCAGCGCGCCAUGAACUCGGCGAGUCCGGCCAUGGGCCAGGCGCAGACGAGCGGCAACAGCGUACCCGCCGGCAUGCCGAGCACGAUCCAGGCGCUGCAGCAGCAGCUCGCCAUCUCGCUGGCCACCUCGAACCUGAGCCAGGAGCAGAUCAACGGCCUCGCCCUGCAGCUCUACAAGCAGGCGCAGCAGCAGUACGGGCAGCAGAACCCGAACCUCAACGGACAGCAGCGACCCGUCGGCGUCCACUCGCCCCAGACCCAGGUCCGACCGGGUCCUCCCCAGCCCCAACAGCAGCAGCAGCAGACGCAGCAGCAGCCGAACAAGGGCAACAACACACAGCAGGGCGGGCCCGCCGGCAUGCAGCGUCCGGCUGGACAGCAGGGCUGA